AUGUUCAGAGGAUUCGUCAAGUCGAGGCCAGCAGUUUCCAUAUUUCAUCACCCAUCCUCCGCACAAUCCUCUCGUGCGCUCGAGCUUCUACGCUCAUCCUUAAUCAACCCAUACCCGCCAAGUAAUCCUAAAGCAGGUCCAUUGGAGUUUGACCUGGAAGUCGUCGAGUCCGCGCCUACGCCUGAUCAAGUGCAGACAAUCCUUGCGUAUUUACCAGUUUCAACCUCAGCUUCUUCUCCUUCUUCAAUUGCUUCGACGUUCAUCUCGUCACAUCCCUCGAGCGUUGGCGUCGCAUCCGAUGGACAAGUAACGUCGAAGACGUUGACUGAACUUGCGCGGUCGAAUCCUGGGGCAUUGAAAUGGCCAAUCGUGGUAGAUUGGAUGGGUGGAAGGGCCAGUGUUGGGGACGUUGAUGGUGUACGGCGGAUGUUAGAUGAGAUUCGGAAGGAGCAGUCGCCGUAAUAAAGGCUAAUAUUAAUGUAAUGUGGUAUGUUAACUAGGAGGAAGAUAUGUAUUAUAUGACUUGUGGAAUUUCAGGCAAUCCC